AUGAACGACCUCAAGGCACCGAACUUCAUUCCUCCAUGGGCAACGUCCUUGUUAGGGGGAAACCGGAAACAUGUCGCCGUUCCUUCAAAGGAAGCAGGGUCUCACAACGACAAUGUCCGGACCGAUAGUGCUGGGGCGAACCCCAAGCUCUCCGACAAGCAGGGUGACAGGACUACCAACGUCUACCAGGUGGAUUCUUCAGAAGCUCCGAAUGACACUGAUGGCUCUGACGAAGUCGACGACAACAACGACGAUGACGAUGAAGACGGACUCCGUAAUCUGCCACGGUCCUUGAGCCUUGAGACAGAACACAUAGACAGCGACGCGGCCCGUCCCCAAAGCAGCUCGUCCCGUGCAGAGGAAAAGCAUCCAUCUUUCAGAUAUGAUCUGGUAUGGAUACUGAUGCAAGUAGCUGCAUCGUCCUCAAAGCGCAAACGCUCGUUGCCUACUGCGGAAGCCCGCUUUACAGGCUACAAAGGUCGUCAAACUGAGAUGAUGCAUGGCAAUGACAGCGUCCGCUCUAACCAUUCCGCACAAACAUCGCGUUCACGAGAAGAUCCCGGAACCUCUGAGGUAGAAAGAUCCAAGGGAACAGGGGAUAUUCUCAUCCCGGCGUUCGCUGCGUCGCAUCAAACUACCGAGAUGACCGAACACAGGCCUUUAGGUUCUGGUUCACGGCCACAUAUCAUCAAGAUCGAUAGGAAAAGACCACGGGCCACAUCAUCGGAAGGAAACUGGAGUGACUACAGACAGAAAACGAAAGGUUUCCGCGACCGCAGUUAUUUGAUGGACGAAGAUACAGCCUUCGACGAAACGACCCAGUUUGAGCAUUCUACUUUCGCGCACGACACCGUGGACCAGGACCUCCGUAUCGGUGGGCCCGCAAAGAACAUAAUCCAAACUGCAGCAGGAAGACCGUACACUGAAUGGCCUCAGCCCGACGGUACCACCCGCAUCCACAACGGUGGUAUAUGUCCCACCAACUACCAACUUUGGAACGACCCAGUAUUCCCCUACAUUUGUCCUGUUCGGAACUGCAGGUCGCUCAGUACCACCGUCAGCACAAUCUGUGCGCACAUGACAGGGAAGCACUGGGGAGGCAUGUAUAACGACAAUAUGGAUGGAACUAUCUCCUUCAUCGACGUAUAUCGCAAUAAGGGGACGUCAUCACCACCUAUUAUUAUCACUCAAAACCCGCUCCAAUCAGGGGCUCCACCCCCUGCAAACCCCUUCGUGAAUGAACGGACAAGAAAGCGCACAGAGGAGCAGAUGCAGCUGAGAAAAGACGCAGCGAGUGCGCUUGAUAGGUCUUUGGCUAGUAUUCGCCAGAUGUCGACGCAGAAAUCGAUCUCUGCUCUGGUCGAAAGCAGCCUGAGAAACACGGCAGCAACGAGGGCCCAAGAGAGAGGCGGCGAAUUCGUUACAGAUGGUUCGUUGAAGAACGAAGAUAUUUAUGUCUAUCUCAAAAAAAUCUUGCCGCCCAGCACCCCGAUUCGUAGGAAGCAGCACGUUGCCGAAUACCUGCAGUACCCAAUGUUGCGCAAACUUCCCUCUUGGUGGAGCAUCACGAACAAGAAUGCCGAAUCUUCUGCGACUGUUGCUAGCGCGCUGCUUUACCUGACUGGGCGUCUCGCUCCGGAAGGCUGUUCGGCGUGCGUUGAAGCAGGAUACAGUUGCGUCCUACCCCCUGUCAAUGCGUCCGCCGCUUUGAAGCAGGAUGCCAAAGGCUGUGGUGCGUGCUGGGGACGAUCAAUGAUCUGGCACCAGCGUAACACGUGCUUGCACCUGACGAAGAAAGGUGACAGAUCCUUGCUUACAGGAGCCGCCCGAAAAGAAGCCAGCCCGAUUCUCGGCGAACAUCCAGCUGAAAGCCGACGGUCUACGUCACGGCUCGCGGCAGAGUCGGAUGCAGAUUCGCAGCCAGAGCAGGAGCUAGAGUCUGAGGUUGAGACAUCAGAUGGGCCGCCAUCCGCUGCCUCGACCACGCAAGCGGACUCCGCACGGAAAAUGCAAAGGCAUGGUCUAACACGAAGUCGGUCAGCACAUGACGAGGGUGUGGGCCGCGGCAGCAGCGCGGAUGUAGACGAACUGGAGAUGGAAGACUGGGAGGUGGCGCCAGGGCGGAUCCGUGAUGAGAGGGCACCAGCCGCAGAAAACAUUGCUUUCUCCAAUUCGUACCUGACCACCAACCAACCUAUCUCCAUCUCGCCCGACGUCAGCUUCAACGUGGUUGUCGUCAAGCCCGGUUGCACGACACAGUGGGAUGCCAUAGAAGGACGGCUACGUGUUUGCUCUGUGGCGACGGGCAAAGUGAAGGUACAAAUGGAUGGCGCAAAGUUUCAGUUAGGGCCAAACAGUAUGUGGAAGAUCCGGCCGGGGUCCAAGUGCUGGGCUACGAAUCGGCUGUACACUGAUGCAGCCCUACACGUUACGACGAUCACAGAGGCGUGA